AUGCCAUGGCAAGAGACACAGUAUGAAAAGGGAGAAGCCUUGAAAAAGUUUGGUACAGAUUUAACAGAAGAAGCUAGAAAGGGUAAAUUGUAUCCAAUCAUUGGUAGAGAUGAUGUAAUUCGUAAGAUAUUACAAGUUCUAUCAAGACAAACAAAGAGUAAUCCAAUCAUAACAGGUGUUCAAGGUUGUGGUAAAACAGCUGUAUUGGAAGGAUUAGCUCAAAGAAUUGUAAAAGGUGAAGUGCCUGAUUCAAUUAAGAAUAAGAGAUUAAUAGCAUUGGAUUUGGCAUCCAUCAUUUCUGGUAGUAAAUUUAGAGGUGAAUUUGAAGAACGUGUACAGGCAAUUCUAAGAGAUGUUAAGGAACAUCAGGGAGAAAUUAUUCUAUUCAUUGAUGAAAUUCACAUGAUUGUAAGUGCUGGUAGUGCUCAAGGUUCUCUUGAUAUGGCAAAUAUGUUAAAACCAUAUUUAGCAAGAGGAGAACUUCAUUGUAUUGGUGCUACAACUUUGGAUGAAUAUAGAUUAUAUAUUGAAAAAGAUAAGGCACUUGCACGUAGAUUUGAACAAGUCACAUUGAGUGAACCAACUGUUAUUGAUACAAUUGCAAUGUUGAGAGGUAGAAAGGCUAACCUGGAAGCUCACCAUGGUGUUAGAAUUACAGAUUCUGCCAUUGUUCAAGCUGCUAUUUUAUCAGAUCGUUAUAUUACUGAUAGAUUUUUACCUGAUAAGGCAAUUGAUUUAAUUGAUGAAUCAUGUGCCUGUAUUAAAUUAGAGCAAGAAUCAAAACCAGAAGCAUUGGAAAAAAUUGAUCGUUCAAUUAUCAUUUCACGUAUUGAAUUGGAAUCUUUGAGAAAUGAACAAGAUCCAGCAAGUAUUGAAAGAAGAAAGAAAGUUGAAAAGAAAAUUGAAGAAGAACAACGUGAAAGUGAUAGACUCUCAAAUAUUUGGUAUCAAGAAAGAGAAAAAUUAUUGAAAGCUAAAGAGUUGAAACAAAAAUUAGUUAAUUUGGGAAAGGAAUUGGAAGAAGCUUUGAGAAAAUCAGAUUUCCAAACAGCUUCUGCAUUGAAAUACAAGACAAUUCCAGAUUUAAAGAAGGAAAUUGAACAAUCUUCAGUUGGAUUCAAAAUGAUGAGUGAUAGUGUACAAGUUGAAGAUAUUUCAAGAAUUAUUUCAAGAAAGACUGGUAUUCCACUUGAAAGCUUAAUGACUUCUGAAAAGGAUAAAUUGCUUCACAUGGAAGAACACUUAGCUCAACAAGUUAUUGGUCAACCAGAAGCUAUCAGAGCUAUUUGUAAUACCAUCAGAGUUUCUAGAGCUGGUCUCAGUGAUCCAAAGAGACCACUUGGUUCAUUCUGCUUCUUAGGUAGCUCAGGAGUGGGUAAAACAUGGAUUACAAAACAAUUAGCUAAAUUCCUAUUCAAUGAUGAAAAUGCUAUGGUCAGAAUUGAUUGUUCCGAAUUAAUGGAACCACAUUCUGUCUCUAAAUUAGUAGGAUCACCACCUGGUUAUGUUGGUUAUGAAGAUGCACCACAAUUAACUGAAUCAAUUAGAAGAAAACCAUAUCAGAUUGUUUUAUUUGAUGAAAUCGAGAAGGCUCACAAGGAUGUUUUGAAUAUUUUACUUCAAAUUCUUGAUGAAGGUCACAUUACAGAUUCACAUGGUAAUCAUGUUAACUUUAAGAAUACUAUUGUUGUCAUGACAAGUAAUGUUGGAUCUGAAAUAUUUACAAAUUUACCUGAAGGUGUUCCAUCUUAUCAAGCCAAAGAUGAUGUUUCACAAGUUCUCAGACACUACUUUAGACCUGAAUUUUUAAAUCGUAUUGAUAAUAUUAUUUACUUUAAUAGAUUGGGUAAAGAAAGUAUGAGAAAGAUUAUUGAUUUACAAUUGGAUGUAAUUGAAAAACAAUUGAGAGAAAGAAGAAUGCUCCUUCAAGUAACACCAAGUGGAAGAGAAUUCCUAUCACGUGUUGGUUAUGAUAUUUAUUUUGGUGCUAGACCUUUAAAGAGAGCUAUUCAAGUUCACUUGUUAAAUCAAUUGGCAACUUUAUUAUUGGAAGGUCAAGUUAAGGAAAAUUCUGAAAUACUUGUUGAUUACGUUCCUGGAAAAUUGAAUGAAGAUGGUGAAGAAACUUUACAAAUUACUGGAAAGAUUUUACCUGAACAAAUUGUUGAAACUAAUGUUGAAAGAGAUUAA